AUGAUGGCUGGUGGCUCGUCCGAAUACACUGCGCUGGGGGAGGAGGAUUUACCGGUGCAAGCUCUGCCCCACGUUAAGCCUCGGGCUUUGAUCGUGGUGGCAGACGGCAGCGAGGAGCUCGAGACGCUGGCACUUUCCGAUGUCUUGAUCCGCGGCGGACUCCAUGUCGUUGUUGGUUCUGUUGGUCGAACGAAAAACAACAUUAUCAUGGGCAACUACGGCCUGCGCGUCCAGGCCGAAAAGCCUAUCGAGGAGUGCAGCUUCGAGACCUUCGAGCUGAUCGUCUUGCCAGGGGGAGCUGGAGCCAGCCAUGUGCGCGACUCGGACCUGGUGAUCAAGAUGCUGCUUUGGCAAAAGCAAGCUGGCCGCUGGAUUGCUGCGAGCUCUUCGGCACCCGCGGUUGUGCUGAACCCGCAUGGACUGCUUGGUGAACGUGCAACGUGCUCGCUUUCGCACGAGCGAGAGAUGACGCGCGAGUUCGUGGACGAAGACGUUGUCGUGGACACUCGCUGCGUCACGAGCCAAGGCCCCGGGAGCGUGAUCAAAUUCGCGUUGACCCUGGUGAAGCUUCUGAACGGCGAGCUCGCAGCUGAAAAGGCUGCGAGGGAGCUCCUGCAGCCAUGGCCGUAG